ACACUUAGUACUUAGUUAUAUUCCUAAAGGCACGAUAAUUCACCUGUUACGCAUUUUGCUCGUUUCAAAAAUAAUAACAACACUCAAAAUCCCAAUAAGAAUGUUCCAAACCUAACCGCUUCAGGUUUCAGCUCUGUGGAGAUAACGCUUCUCGAGCACUCAGUGCAAAACCAUGCACAGCCUUUUGAAUAUUACAAACACGAUUUCAUCCACAGCGCUCUUUGUUUCCCUCAAUUACAUUUCUUAAUUUCUUCUAAAUGAAAGCAAACCAGACGGAAUGUCACCGGGCGUUUCUUAGCGCAGUACGAUCUUUGAUCCAGGCAAGUUCUUACAUUUUGUGGCAACUGUCGGGAAGAAUGUCGGUGCAUUAAUAUUUGUCACCACCUUUUCUUCAACGCUGGCAUUUUGAGAUUGGUGAAGAAAUUCAAGUCAUGACUAGAGUGGAACGACGUCCAGAAAGGGUUGACAUACUUCAUGGGCGUUCUCAUGAUGAUGUGGCGAGUAUCGUGAUAGACAGUGGAUCCAGCAUGACCAAGGCCGGCUUCGCGGGGGAGGACGCUCCAAGAGUCUCCUUCCCCAAUAUCGUUGGAAGGCCGCGUCACAAGGGUGUCAUGGUCGGCAUGGGACAGAAGGACGCCUACGUUGGCGAGGAAGCCUCGAGCAAAAGAGGUAUCCUGAACCUGAAGUACCCCAUCGAGCACGGUAUCGUCACUAACUGGGACGACAUGGAGAAGAUCUGGCAUCACACCUUCUACAACGAGCUGCGUGCGGCCCCAGAGGAGCACCCCGUGCUGCUGACUGAAAAAGUCCUGAACCCCAAAGCCAACAGGGAAAAGACGGCAGAGAUCAUGUUCGAAGUUUUCAACGUACCUGCACUGUACGUGGAAAUACAGUCUAAACUGGCUCUCUACGCCUCUGGUCGUACUACGGGAAUCGUGCUAAACGCUGGUGGGGGCGUCACCUACGCUGUGCCCAUCUACGAGGGUUACGCCCUGCCGCACUCCGUCACCCGCCUGGAUUUGGGAGGGGAUGACUUGACUGGCUAUCUGCUCGGGAUGCUGUCAGACCGAGGCUACUCUUUCACUACCGAGGCUGAGCGUGUGAUUGUCCGUGAUAUGAAGGAGAAGCUCUGCUACGUUGCUCUUGACUUCGAGCAGGAGAUGCAGACCGCGGCUUUCAGCUCCUCCCUGGAGCUGACCUACGAGCUCCCUGACGGACAGGGCGUCACUGUCGGGAGCGAGCGGUUCCGCUGCCCAGAGGCCCUCUUCCACCCGAGCUUCGUGGGCAUGGAAGGCGACGGAAUCCACGUGGCCACGUACAAGAGCAUCGCCAAGACUGACUCGGGCAUCCGCCAAGACAUGUACGGCAACAUCGUUCUGGCUGGCAGCUCCACCUUGUUCCCCAGCAUCGCUGAACGAAUGCGGCAGGAGGUGACGGCCCUGGCCCCGCCCACCGUGAAGGUCAAGAUCAUCGCUCCCCCAGAGAGGAAGUACUCCGCGUGGAUCGGCGGCUCCAUCUUUGCCUCACUGUCCACCUUCCAGCCGAUGUGGAUCAGCCAGCAGGAGUACGAAGAGUCUGGACCAAGCGUCAUUCAUAAGUCACAUCGUAAAGUUAAACCUGAGGAGAUAGAUCGUGCAAACCUAGUUCGUGAGCGUUCUUCUGAUGAUCCGGUGUGCGUCGUGAUGGACAGUGGAUCCAGCAUGACCAAGGUCGGCUUUGCGGGAGAAGACAGUCCACGGAUCAGCUUUCCCACCGUUGUAGGAAAACCGCGUCGCCAGGGUGUCAUGGUCGGCAAGGGGCAGAAGGAUGUCUACGUUGGUGAAGAUGCCUUGAACAACAGAGGGAUCCUGACCUUCACUCACCCAAUGGAGCACGGCAUCGUUACCAACUGGGACGACAUGGAGAAGAUCUGGCAUCACGCCUUCUACAACGAGCUGCAAGUGGCCCCAGAAGAGCAACCCUUACUGCUGACUGAACAAGUCUGGAACCCAAAAGCCAACAAAGAAAAGAUGGCAGAGAUCAUGUUCGAGACCUUCAAAGUACCCGCACUGUACGUGGAAACACAAUCUGUACUGGCUCUCUACGCCUCUGGUCGUACUACGGGAACCGUGCUAAAUGCCGGUGGGGGCGUUACCUACGCUGUGCCCAUCUACAAGGGUUACGCCCUGCCGCACGCCCCCAUCCGCAUGGACCUCGGAGGAGAUGACUUGACUGGCUAUCUGCUCAGGAUGCUGUCAGAGCGGGGCUACACUGCUAAUCGUGAGAUUGUCCGUGACAUCAAGGAGAAGCUCUGCUACGUUGCUCUUGACUUUGAGCAGGAGAUGCAGACCGCUGCUUCCAGCUCCUCCCUGGAGACGAGCUACGAGCUCCCUGACGGACAGGUGAUCACCAUCGGCAACGAGCGGUUCCGCUGCCCAGAGGCCCUCUUCCAGCCGAACCUCUUGGGCCUGGAUGGUCCCGGGAUCCACGAGGCCACCCACAACAGCAUCACGAAUUGCGACGUGGACAUCCGGAAGGAUCUUUACGGUUACAUCGUGCUGGCCGGUAGCGCCACCUUGUUCCCCGGCAUCGCUGACCGAAUGCAGAAGGAGGUGGCGGCCCUGGCCCCGCCCGGCAACGUGAAGGUCAAGAUCAUCGCUCCUCCAGAGAGGAAGUACUCCGCAUGGAUCGGUGGCUCCAUCUUUGCCUCUCUGUCCACCUUCCAGGAGUUUUUCAUCAGCAAGCAGGAGUACGACGAGUCUGGCCCAAGCGUUAUUCACGAGAUAAAUAGCUGAUUGGCAGAUAAUAAUUAAUUUCACGUGGUAUAUACACCUUGCAACUGACGUCACAUCUUUGGGCAGGUCAGUGUUCCUCUAUACUGUGGACAAGUGUACGAGCAUCGCUCUCUCAUUGUUAUUGAAAUGAAAUGAAAAAAAAAACCUGUCCCCAGAGAGGGGACAUCGUGCAAGGGGUCUAUUGAUAAUAACCGUGAGCGAUUUUGACCCUGUGUAAAGGGGUGAUACGAGCAAACUGGUAUUUGCACACAGAUUAUGAGUUUUCCUCAACAUGACACUUUACUAUAGCGACUUUUCUUCGAUCUUAAGUUU